AUGGAGAUAGCCUUGGUGAGUUUGGAGAACGGCGGCGCGAGAGGGAGCGCCAGUGAUGCCGGAGACGUCUGUCGUGGCGCACGGGAGCAGCACUCGGCUUCAAGGCGAACCGACGAGUGUGUCAAGGAGCUGAACCUGGAACCGAGCUCGUGGAAAAUGAACGACAUGAGCGACACGUUUAGCUGUGCCGAAAGCGCCGUGGAUGCGCUGCUGCGCGCCGACCGCGUCCCUCACCUCUUUGACGAAGAUCUGUCGGACGUCGUGGACGUGAUGGACAACGUGGAGCAUGACGGUAGCAAUGAACGCGUGCUCAUUAACAUCGCAGGUCUGAGAUACGAGACCCAGCUGGGCACCUUAAAUCAGUUUCCUGACACCUUGUUAGGAGAUCCAGACAAGAGGAUCAAGUACUUUGACCCACUUCGUAAUGAAUACUUCUUUGACCGAAACCGUCCGAGCUUUGAUGGGAUCCUUUACUUUUACCAGUCAGGUGGGAAAAUCCGGAGGCCUGUCAAUGUGUCCAUUGAUGUAUUUGCUGAUGAAAUACGGUUCUACCAGCUGGGUGAAGAGGCUAUGGAGCGCUUUCGUGAAGAUGAGGGCUUUAUAAAGGAAGAAGAGAAACCCCUACCACACAAUGAGUUUCAGAAACAGGUCUGGCUCAUUUUUGAGUACCCCGAAAGCUCAAGUCCUGCCCGUGGCAUCGCCAUUGUAUCUGUGAUUGUUAUCACCAUAUCCAUAAUUACCUUCUGCUUAGAGACAUUGCCUGAGUUCAGGGAUGAGAGGGAGCUUCAAGCAGUAAGCAGGACAACUGCUAACUCCACUUCACAAGCUCGCCCAUCACUCACUUUCUCUGACCCAUUUUUUGUUGUUGAGACCACAUGUGUGAUUUGGUUCACUUUUGAACUUAUCGUGAGGUUCUUUGCCUGCCCCAGCAAGUCAGAGUUCUCAAAAACUGUCAUGAACAUCAUUGACAUCAUGUCUAUCAUGCCUUACUUCAUUACAGUAGGGACAGAGCUGGUGGAGCAGCAGCAUGGUCCAGAUCAUGACAAUGGACCACAGCAACAGCAGGCCAUGUCUCUGGCUAUCUUGCGGGUUAUUAGACUAGUGAGGGUGUUUCGCAUCUUCAAGCUUUCACGCCACUCCAAAGGUCUCCAGAUCUUGGGGCAGACACUGAAGGCCAGCAUGCGAGAGCUAGGCCUCCUUAUCUUUUUCCUUUUUAUUGGUGUAAUCCUUUUCUCAAGUGCGGUAUUCUUUGCUGAGGCCGAUGAGCCUGAGUCCCAUUUCUCCAGCAUACCAGAUGCCUUCUGGUGGGCUGUGGUUACAAUGACCACCGUGGGCUAUGGUGACAUGAGACCAAUAACAGUUGGAGGCAAAAUUGUAGGCUCACUUUGCGCCAUCGCUGGUGUGUUGACCAUAGCAUUGCCUGUGCCUGUGAUAGUGUCUAACUUCAACUACUUCUACCAUCGAGAGACUGACCAGGAUCAAGCUGCCCUCAAGGAUGAUCCCUCCAGUGAUGUCCACGGGUGCAACAGGUCACCUCUGAAUUCCACAGGAGAUGUAGAAAGUCAGGACACAUCCAUGGGGAAGGCCAACAUUAAAGCAAACAGCAGCACAGACAUUAAAGAUUCCCUCUAUGCUUUUUGCUUAGACACAAAGGAAACAGACCUGUAGUGUAAGUUUGCAUUAUGAACAUCAGUCACCAAUACAGUAAAGUGUGUUGAUACCUUUAAAUUGAAUUUUAUCACAAUAGAUUAUCAAAAUGUUUAAGACGCUCUACGUCUUAUAGAAUGGUGUAUGACUUUGCACACCUAAAAUGAUUAUGCCGCUAU